AUGACUUGGAUGCGAAUGACGGGCCUCUUUGUUGUCGGCAUUGCGGUCAUUGUUGUGCUGAACGUCUUGUCGCAACUGUUGCUCCCCCGCAAUCGAUCGCUCCCGCCUGUUGUGUUUCACUGGUUUCCAGUUAUUGGAUCAGCAGUGACGUAUGGUAUCGAUCCUUACAAGUUUUUCUUUGACUGUCGUGAAAAGUAUGGCGACGUUUUUACCUUUAUUCUCUUUGGACGUCAAGUGACUGUCGCGUUGGGUACCAAAGGUUCCAACUUGGUGUUUAAUGGCCGUCUCAACCAGGUCUCUGCUGAGGAGGCGUACACUUCACUUACAACGCCUGUGUUUGGCAAAGAGGUAGUGUACGAUGUGCCCAACGCCGUGCUUAUGGAGCAAAAGCGCUUUGUCAAGGCCGGUCUUUCCACCGCAAACUUCCGCGCGUAUGUCCCGCAAAUCGUUGACGAGGUGAACGAAUUCGUAAAGAAAGACUCCACGUUUGCCCCUUUGCAGCUUGGUGCUAAGUCUGUCACGGUCGAUAUUUUCAAGGCGAUGAGCGAGAUUACCAUUCUUACAGCAAGCCGCACAUUGCAGGGCAAAGAGGUGCGUGAUAAUCUGAAUAAAAGUUUUGCUGGUCUUUACCACGACCUCGAUUCCGGAUUUACUCCCAUCAAUUUUGUAAUUCCUAACCUUCCGCUCCCAAACAAUUUCCGCCGCGACCGCGCGCAGCGCCAAAUGAGCGCAUUUUACCAGGGAAUCAUUAAGAAACGUCGCGAGGCGGACACUGAAGAUGCGGGACACGAUAUGAUUCGCGCAUUGAUGGAGCAGUCAUACAAGGACGGUCGUGGUAUCACCGACAUUGAGAUUGCGCACAUGAUGAUCGCUCUGCUCAUGGCUGGCCAGCACACGAGUAGUGCAACCGGCAGCUGGGCUUUACUCCGACUUGGACAACGCCCUGAGUAUAUACAGGAGCUGUACGAAGAGCAGAAGCGUGUGUACGGCGAGCCUAACGGCACAUUCCGGCCCCUUGACUACGACAUUCAGAAAUCACAGCUGCCUGUGAUGGAUGCAGUGAUCCGCGAGACGCUGCGUUUGCACCCGCCGAUCCAUUCGAUCAUGCGCAAGGUCAAGUCGGAUAUCCCAGUACCAGCAGCGCUUUCCACUCCCAAAACUGCAAAAGGAAAAGCGAAUGAGAGUGCGUCGUUUGUGAUUCCCAAGGGCCACUAUGUUGUUGCCGCGCCCGGUGUUUCUCAGGUCGACCCCUGCCUUUGGGAGGACUCUGACGUGUUUAACCCUAACCGCUGGAUGAGCAGUGGAAAAAAUUCUGAGCAGGGAGACGGCGAGCAGGAAGACUAUGGCUGGGGUAUGGUGAGCACUGGCUCAGGCAGCCCCUACCUUCCAUUUGGCGCUGGCCGGCAUCGCUGCAUUGGCGAGCAGUUUGCGUAUUUACAGCUUGGCACCAUUGUCUCCAUGUUUGUACGCAACUUUGAUUGGCGCUUGGACGGACAUGGCUUUCCCGCGCCGGAUUACACCUCUAUGGUGGUGCUCCCCAAGUCUCCCGCGAAUCUCGUCUUUACAUUGCGUUCGUAG